GUGGUUGGAUGGGAGAUCAUAGUGAUGUCAGGACAGGGAGGGCUUACCGCAGGAGAUAAGGCCAGCUAAUGGAGAUGAAAUGAAUCGGUAUUUAAAAGGUCUCUCUUAGUUAAGGCACUUUGCUGGCAGCAGAUUGUGCUCACUCUGCUGCCCAGUUGGAUGCUGAAGGAGAGACAGAGGAGAGACGAGCUCUUGUCGGUUUGAAAUUACGUUCAGGUCGUAUUUUUGUUUUUUCUUCUCACCUGAAUUGCAGCGACGACACCUGCAAGCUCUGCCAAGGUAAAGGAUUCCUGUGGCGGUUGAAGGUGGUGUGCUUGUAAUGACCCCCCGGGAGCAGCUGAGGAAGAUGACGGCGAUGGGCGAACAGGGCACUCUGGAUGAGAAGCACUGGUACCGGCUGGUCAACGGCAUGUCAGCUGGAGAACUGAGGCAAAGACAGGAGAUGAUAAUGAGGAACCAGAUGGCCAUGGCGCCGCAGAUCCUCGCUCAGGGCCAGCAGAGGCUGCAGGGGGUCCCGGCACAGUUCGAACCUCGAUUUAUGGAGAGGGAGUUGGUUCCUCCCUCAGAGAUGGUGACAUCCGAGGCGAGGCAGAUGCACAUGGGGCCUCACCUCGGCCCACCUCUUCCGCCUCACGCCAACGUCCUGCCUGGCAGAACCUUCCCUGGACCAGCCGGCUACGGCUUCCUGCCCUCGGAGCCAAUGGAAACGGUUGCCCGGCGGCAGGAGCUCAUACACAAGCAGAACAUAGCAAGGAUGGAGAUGAACGCCAUCCUGCACCAGAAGGAGCUGGAGAACGCUCACCAAAAAGGGCUGAUGGCGAUCGAGAAUCCUAUGUCGUACCAUUCCAAUCCCAUGCUCUUCAGAGGGCGCCAGCGCAUGCCGGACGGCCACGACGUCUUCGUCCACCGUCCCUCCCUGGAUGAGCUGCACUCCAAUAGCAUACUCAUGUCGGCCAGCCCCUACCCACCCAUCAGCUCGCUGCACAGGGAGAGAGGUCGGAGGGCUGGGAGGAGGCCCGCCGUCCACAAGAGCACGGAGAACCAGGCCACCAGCCUGAAGGGCCAAACUGAAGACAAAAGUGUGGAGCAGAGUCCAGAAGCCACAUCUGGAGAGGAGAAAGAGCUGGAAGCGAAGGGGGAUGUGGGAGAAGAGUGUGGCACGAGUAAAACGCACCACCAAACGAAAACAGACUCUGAGCUGACCACAGGAAGCAGGAAGAGCUACAAAGAGGGAGAGGCCGGGCUGCGUAAAACCUGCGCUGCAGCUCAGGACGGUUGUUCAGACAUGACCAACGGGGCUUCGAAUGAUAAAGAAAUACCUGGUCAGUGUUCUGCUUUCCAGGAAAAAUUCAUUUACCCUUCCUCUGGCGGAGCUCUCACAGGGAUGCCUUACGUCUUCCCUGUCCCAGGAAAUGGCUUCCUUCCAUCUGGUCCGCCAAAUCUCUUUCUGAACGGUGAGGAAGUGCCAGAGGACAUAAGGAAGUGGACGGUGAACGACGUCUACAAUUUCAUCAGCAGUAUACCAACAUGUUCAGAAUACGCUCAGACAUUUAAGGACCACAUGAUUGAUGGAGAAACACUGCCGCUUCUUUCAGAGGAGCACCUACUGGACACGCUGGGGCUCAAACUCGGACCGGCUCUGAAAAUACGAUCACAGGUCUCCAGAAGAAUGGGCAGCAUGAUGUACAUGCUGAACCUGCCUCUUUCCGGCGCCGCUCUGCAGGCCGCCUCCGAAAAGCCCGGGGACCGCUCACCAGAAAUGGGCUCCCCCGUCAACUGCAACAGCGAGGAUAUGGUAGCGAGCCCGAGAGACCCAGAGGUCAUCAAAUCCACUGAACAUCUUCACGAGGCGGAAAACAGUUCCCCUCCUUCAGCCAGCAGUGAGAUGGCCUGAUCUCUGCAGACACCAGGGACAAAUAAGAACUGAACCAGGUUCAGGCCUGAAGAGCUGUUUCUUUUGUUUACGUCAUGAGUCAGUGUUAACGAUGGUAUUUUCUGUUCAAUAUGCCCAUACAUGUACAUAGUAAAAAAAAUCAAAAAUAAAUUUCAAUUAUAUUUUAUACAUUAUAGUUUCUGAUUGUAGAUUUUAAUUAUUUUUAUAAGCUUCUGAUUCUCUUUGUUUAUUCAGCUGAGCUAAAAACAAUAGAAAUUAUGUGUUGCAGAAACACCAAAUCUAUCCCAAAAAUGAAUUUUUGGUCUAGUUUCAAGUACAAUUAUAUUAGCACAGCUAAAAUAAGAUCAAACUAACGUGCAUGUAACUUUUCAGCAAUAUACAGUAGCUUGUUUUAAGUCAAUAAUUCCUGAAUAUUGACAAAAAAGAACAAGCUACUCUGGCAGAUAUUCACAUGAGAAUUAAAAAAAAAAAAAAAAAAAAAAAAAAAAGAUCUGCCUGUGGAACAAUUAGUUUUAUUUAAAAUCAAUAUUCAAGAAUCAAUGACUUGAAAGAAACUAUUAUGUAUUGCUUAAAACUUACAUUUGAGUAAUUGUUGUCUGAUUUCAAGCAUACUUUGAUAUUUGCACAAGAAAAUAGACAAAAAUACUUGGGAAGAUUUUGUGUUUUUACAGUGUGGGAAACAUUUAACUACUAUAUAAUGGCUUAUUUUUUCAUUUUGCCUCUGCUGUUUGAUACUUUUUUGCAUUUAUUUGAUUAAAAAUAAAGUCUUUUUCUACAAAUUAAUAUGCAGUAGAGCCUCUCCUUAUAUGUGUGUCAGUAUAAAGUAUUUAAUCCUUGCAGCUGAAUCACAUCUCACACACAACGUUGCAUCCAUCACUGCAAUUAGUCCCAUCCAAACCAAUCUGCUGUAAUCUCCUGCAAUAUUCCCAUUGGAGAGAAGUCAAAAUGGCAAAAGAAACAGCGACACCCAGAGGCGGAAAUACGGCACUUGAGUUUACAUUUUGUGAAUUUAUAAUAAAAAAAAAUAGAUUAAUUAACAAAUUAAUUUUAAUGUGGCA